CUGACACACUCACACAAGUCAGUCAUUCCUGUUAGACAGAUGUUGAUUUGAACAUUUAUUCAUGUUUCUGAUAUUUUAGAAACUCUGAGAGCAGCAGCAGUGAUCAGCUCUUUGAAAUAAUCAUAAAUCACGUUUAUGAUUAGAAGUGAAAAAACAGCCAUGUUGUUGGCAGAAGCUGGAUGUUUGUUCAUGGGUUUCAUUCUGUGUCUCUCAGGUGUAAAUGGAGGAGAAACCAGGAUCUGUGCUCUCAAAUGUUCAUCAGUGGAUCUGCACUGCUCACAUCAAGCUGUUGCAGAGCUGCAGGUAAAGGUGAUUCCUGCCACAGAGGGACAGACAGUAACACUGAUGUGCAGCAGCAGCUGUCCUCUGACUGAAAAGCCUGCAGCCUACAUCUGGUACAAGAACAGAGAGUUUCUCUAUGAGGACUGGUCUCCCUGGUACCAAGAGCUGCUCAGCAGUGAGGAAGCAGUCACAUACUCCUGUGCUGUCAAAGGCUACGAGGAUCUCAGAGCCCCUGAAGUCUCUGUGGAUUCCAUCACACAGACCUGCUUCAGUGUGACCUAUGCUAAAGGGAGAAUGUGUUCUUCUCAGCAGACAUCAGUGGACGAGUCCUGCUCCAUCACAUAUCCCAGAGAAAUUCAUGUCCAGAGGACUCCUGCUGAACAAAGAGGUCACAUCAGACUGACCUGUAACAGCAGCUGUUUUCUGACUGACCCUCUGAUUUCCUUUGUGUGGUAUGAGACCAGAAAGCCUACAGUGAAGGAGGGAAAACAGAUUCUAGUUCCCAGCUCUCUUCCAGACAGUUUGUCUUGUGCUGUAAAAGGUCUUGAGGAUGUGCGCUCUGCUGACGUCUGUGUUAAUGAUUCCUGCUGGAGUUUGAAUUAUGUCCACAGCAGAAUCUGUGCUCUGGAAGGAUCUUCAGUCAACAUCUCCAGUAAAUACUCACAUCCUGACUACGUGCAGAUACAGUCUAAAUGUUGGUAUAAAGUCAAGAGAGAAGCUGAACAGCUGACUGAGGAUGCAGGUCAUGUGGAGUAUGAUGACAGCAUGAAGAACCAACACAUCCUCAGAUUAAAGAAGCUGAAGAGAGAUGACUCAGCAGAAUACAGGUUCACCUUCACAACAGAAUAUGAAGAAGUGAAUCAGUCUGAUUUUCCUGGAGUUACUCUGAUUGUCACAGGAGAGAGAGCAUCAAUGAGAAGCAGUGACUCAGCACAGAAUCACCAAACUUCUUCCAGGAUUCAGUCCAACACUGCAGGAAUUCCAGAGCUGAGAGUGAAGAUGAGUCCUUCUGCAGUGGUGACAGAGGGUCAGAGAGUCACACUGACCUGCAGUACCAGCUGUCCUCUGACUGACAACACAAACUACAUUUGGUACUUGAACAGUCGACCUCUGACCCCGAGACAGAACCAGAACAAACAUCUGAUCCUAGACCCAGUCAGCAGGGAGGAUGCAGGAAGCUACUCCUGUGCUGUGAAAACCAACAAAGAUAUCAGCUCUGCUCCAAAGACUCUCACUGUCCAAAGUAUCACAGGAACAUGGACACCAGCAGCUGCAGGAGUUUCUGCAGCUCUGCUGCUUUUAAUACUUCUCACUGUCUGCUGGUGUGUUAGAAGAAAGAGGAAAUCUCACCAACCUACAAGAAAUGAAAAUUUGGAUGAUUUGGAGUAUGACGACAUCGCAGCUCAUCGAGGAGAGCAGGACCUGAACUACCAAAGACUCCACGUCUACAAGAAUGAAUCAGAUUCUCUCUACUCCACGAUUCCUCCAUCUCAGCCCCGAGAACAACAUCAUAUCCACUACAAUCCUGAAUCAAAGAGGACUUGCAGACAGUCUCCAAGAAGAACCUCAGACAACAAAGAGCAGAUGAACCCUGACCUCAUGUAUGGAAACAUCUCAGCUCAGUCAGCAGAGCAGGAUGAUCAUCACUGGAGUAAACUGCACUUUAAUGAGAACCACACAGCUGACCUCCAACACUGAGACACUGCCAGCUCACUAAAGAAGAGUUCGUUACCAUGGUGAUUUAAAGGAACAUUUUGCGGAGAGUUUGUGUCUGAAAUAACUUCAGUGUCACAGCAGAGACACCACAGCUGGUGUGUCUGUCAGUGGGUUUCACACUUUGUACUAAAACAGACAACACAGGAGAAUAAUUAACAGAAAUAUAGAAAUACUUCAGCUUCACUUUAAAGAGGUCUGAUGAAAAUAGGAGACAUGCUAAUGAUAUUACUUUGUGACCUUUGGGUUGUUUUACUUUCUGGGUGCUCUGCAGCUUUGACUGUAAAAUUAUUAACUCUGUUUCUGACACAACGUAAAACAUCAAAGUCAUCACGUCUGCAGGUUUAACUUCUGUCAAGUGUUGAUUUUUUUCUAAACCACAAAAUAACAACUAAACCACACGUCUGUGUUCUCACUGUUACACUGACAGGUUAUUGAUGGAAAUAUAAUUACAUUUAAUCAUUUCAUGUGUGUAUUUUGUAAAAAACUAAACAACAAAAAUUGUUUACAUAUGAAGUCUUUUUGAUAUUCUGUCCUUUGAAUCUUUGAUGGAAUUUUCAAUGAGAUAUUUUUGACAUCACAGGAAAUUGAGCUGCACUGUUUGUUUGGGUUUUUUACUUUAUUGCAAACUUUGGAAAAAUUUUCCUGUACAGUUUUGCUGCCAUGUUUAGCAGAUAUAAUGAUGACUUUUUAAUGUGUGAAAGAGAUGUUUAGAAAGACAUUUUAAUAUAGAAAUAUACAAAAAGCACUGGUUUUGGAGGCUUCCUCUUAUUUGGUGUGAGACAGAGCCUGAGAGCAAGUGUCUCAACAUAAAGAGCUGGUAACUAUUUCAAAUGUAUUAGUUUCAGUUCCUAUGAGGGUUUGAAAGAACCCUGUGAAGAGUGACCACAGUGUGUUCAUACUCAUCAGAAAAAGUAAAUACGAAGAGUGAAUGCAAUACCAACAUCAUGAACAGAACAAUUGAAGUCCUGUACAGCCAGAUGUGUUGUUAUAUUUCAUCUUCUUUAGGUUGAUGUGUUGUACAGGCUCUAGCUGUCCACAGCCUGGUCAUUGAGUCUGAAAGUAAGAAAAAUGAUGCAUUAAUUAAAGAAAUUAAAAUAUGUGGCGAAGUAUAAAAAGAAUUAAUGUUUUAAAUAUGAAGAAACUGUAUAAGAAAGUAUGCAUCCUGUUUGUUGUGACUUCAAGCUUGUUCAGGAUGUUGUACAGCCCAC